AUGACUUAUUCUAUAUUCGCAAAGAAACUUGGCCUACGUUCUAAAAUAAAUUAAGCAGCUAGAAGAAAAGUUGAAAAUGAUUUUGGUAUUGAACUUCCACCAACUAGAAGGGAUAAAUUGGGUACACUAAUCCCCACUCACAAUCAAAUGGGACUUCUUGAAUUCUAACUAGAUAAUCCUCAAGUUUAGUUAUUUAACUUUGCUUAAUAAACAACUCAAUAUCAACAAGAAAUUGAGGAGGGAAAAUAAUUAGAAAGAAUUGCUUUUUAUAUUCAUGAAUCUGGAUUUGAUUUGAUGAGUAUGAAAGAUCAUUUUUCACUUUUAAAGCAUUUGGUUUUUCAUGGAAUUGAAAGUAAUAAGAUCAAGUCUAUCCUUCAAUUUCUUAAGGAUAUAAGCAUAAAAUAGUGA